AUGUCUCAGCACCGCAUAUCAUCCACAGACGGAUGGACAGGUGGAAAGGACUAUUCAGACAUUAGAAGAUAUGCUGAGGGCGUGUGUCAGGGAAGGAAACUGUUAGAAUUUGAGGUGGGAGAACACGUGUUCCUGAGGGUUACAUUGACAACCGGGAUUAGAAGAGCGAUCAAAACAAAGAAGUUAAAUCUGAGGUUCAUUGGACCGUUUGGGAUUCUGAGGCGAUUCGGGCCGGUGGCAUAUCAAGUAGCUUUGCAACCUCAUCUGUCUAACUUGCAUGACGUAUUCCACGUGUCACAAUUCUAUAAGUACACGUUGGAUGCAGCUCAUGUGUUAGAGCCUAAGUCGCUCGAGUUGAGGGAGAACUUGACAUUUCAAGUAACACCGGUGCGUAUUGACGACACUAGUGUGAAGAAGUUGGGAGGAAAGGAAGUUUCAUUGGUUAAGGUUGCUUGGAAGAGAUCAGGAGUCGAAGAGCAUACUUGGGAAUUGGAGUCUGAGAUGCAAAAGGAUUAUCCCGAGCUAUUCUCAAGUAAUCACUAA